AUGGAGCAAGCACAGAAAGCGCUACAGGCGCUGUCAGAAGAAUACCAGAAUCUUCAAGCUGAACUAGAAACAAUCAUCCUUGCUCGACAAAAGCUCGAAUCACAGCAGCAAGAAAACCAGGCCGUACAGCAAGAAUUCGCAUCCCUAGACGACGACUCAAACAUCUACAAACUCGUCGGACCUGUGCUUCUAAAGCAGGAAAAGUCCGAGGCCGUGAUGGCUGUUGAUGGUCGCUUAGAGUUCAUUGAGAAGGAGAUAAAACGGAUAGAGGGCCAGAUACAGGAGAUUAAUAAUAAGAGUGAUAAGAAAAGGACGGAGAUUAUUCAGCUGCAGUCACAGAUUCAGCAGCAACAGGCUGCUGCUGGCGCUAUUGCUGCUUAA